AUGCUUCCGGUGGAGGUCCUAGCGAUCGUGCUGACCCUGACCCAAGGAUGCCCCUCGGAGGGUCAGGACUGUCCCCAGCUGGACCCUAAGAACGUUACCUGCGCAUGUAAAUUCGGAGGCUUGGAGGUGACCACGGCUUCCGGCGUCGUCAUCAAGGACGAGAACUGCAACUCCAUGCAGAACAAGAACGAGUUCAAGAGGAUGCCCCAGGUCAGGAUGGCACGGGCCAAGUGCGCCAAGACGUACGCCCUCUUCGUGCUGGACCCCGACGUGCCGGGCUACCCUCGAGGGAACUUCUACAAUCACCUCGUUCUGGGCAACCUGGCGGGCGAGGAGGUGAAGGACGGCACCCUGGGAAACGGCACGACGGCGCUCUGCUACAACGGACCGGACCCACCCCCGACCACGGGGACCCAUCGCUACAUGUUCCUCCUGUACGAGCAGCCGCAGCCGAACGUUACCCUGAAGGAGAUCCCUGACGAGAAGCGCGCCAACUGGAGUCUCGCGACGUACCUCGCCGAACAGCAGACCAGACUCUGCGGACCCGUCGGUGGGACUCAGUUCAGGACCAAGGCCUGA